UUUCGGGUCACGGCCAAAUACACGCCGACGGGAGACCAACCCGAAGCCAUUGCUCAGCUGACACACCAGUUACAACGGGGCGAUCGUUUCAGCAUCCUACGUGGCAUUACCGGUACGGGAAAGACGCUAGUCAUGGCACAUUUGAUUGCCAAUCACGGUCGUCCCACACUGGUUCUUUGUCACAACAAGACACUCGCCGCACAGUUGGCACGCGAACUACGUUCCUUCCUCGGUGACAACGCCGUCGAACUAUUCGUCUCCUACUACAAUCACUACGUCCCCGAAUCCUUUGUGGAAGCCACCGGCAAGUACAUUGCCAAGAAAUCCUCCGUCAACGCCGAAAUUGACGUCCUCCGACAUCGAGCCACCCGGGCGCUACUCACACGCAACGACGUCGUCGUAGUGGCCAGCGUCAGCUGUAUCUACGGCCUAGGCCUUCCCAAGGAGUACCUGGAUGCCAGCUGGGCCUUUCAACUUGGCGAUGUUGUGUCCUGGAACGAUGAUGUUUUGACGAAACUCGAUACGAUGCUCUUUGAGCACGUCGUGGAUGACGAUCUAUUCGAACGGGGCACCUAUCAGUCCUCGAAAUCCGAUGAGGGUGUCACCACCUAUUUGAACGUGUGGCCCACGCACGAAAAGUGUCCCAUGAGAAUCGAGUUUGCCUCGGUCGGUGAUGGCGCCGUCAAGGAUGGCAUGGUCGUUCGAGCCAUUCAGGAAGGCACCCCCAGUGGAAUGAAACCAAUGUCAUCGGCACGCAUCUUUCCCGCCAAGCAUCACGUGACGUCCGACGAUCGUUUGGAACAAGCCUGUUUCGCAAUCGAAGAAGAACUGCAAACACGAGUCCAGGAGCUACUGGCGGAAGGAAAACGUAUCGAGGCGGACCGCCUACAGCAACGCGUACUCAACGACGUACUCAUGAUGCGCGAAACUGGCUUUUGCUCGGGAGGUGAAAACUACAGUCGACAUCUCGCUGGCCGCGAAGCGGGUUCUCCGCCCGAUACCUUAAUGGACUACAUGAAUCUUAAUACAAGAGACUGGCUACUACUGGUGGACGAGUCGCACGUUACUCUACCGCAACUCAAGGCCAUGUACGGUGGAGAUCAGGCCCGCAAACACCGUCUCGUGAAGCAUGGAUAUCGAUUGCCAUCCGCGUUGGAUAACCGACCGCUCAAGGAAGAGGAAUUUUGGAGCAAUGUACAACAAACGGUUUUUGUUUCGGCCACGCCGGCCAAGCAAGAACUAGGGAAGGCCGAGUAUCCCCCGGUCGAAAUGAUGAUCCGACCGACGUACGUGUGCGAUCCCGAGAUCGAGGUACGAUCUCCUGAAGGCCAAUUGGACAACUUGUUGGCUGAAUUGCGCAUACGAGUGGACCGGAAGCAGCGCGCGUUGGUCGUCACGCUGACCAAACGCGACGCCGAGGAUUUGUCGAGCUAUUUGAUUGAACACGGAAUUUCCAGCACCUACAUCCAUUCUGGGCUGAGCACCAACGAACGCUCCGACGCUUUGCGUGCUCUGCAAAUGGGGGAAAUCGAUUGCCUUGUGGGCAUCAACUGUUUGCGAGAAGGUUUGGAUUUACCCCAAGUCUCGUUGGUUGCCGUUUUGAAUGCCGACUCCGAAGGAUUUUUGCGAUCCGAGACUGCGCUGCUGCAAAUCGUGGGCCGUGCGGCACGGAAUACGGAGGGUAAAGCAAUAUUUUACGCCAAGCGAACCACGGAAGCCAUGCAGCGAUGCAUCGACGACACCGACAGUCGUCGCGAAAAGCAAACAGCGUACAAUGCACAAAAUAAUUGCGUCAUGAAAUCGACCAAUGGUUCUUCUACUUUCUCAAUAUUUGAUCUUUUGAAG